AUGGCAGAUUCGAUAUUUUCUUCUAUUUCAGAUUUAUUAUUACUGGUCAUUGCCGUUUUGGCAGUGACGGGGAACGCUUUUGCCGAAAUACACGAAAUUCCCACAAAAUGUCCAGAAUCUUCAGGCAAAACCGUACAGCUCGCUCACAAACACGAUUGUACCAAGUUUUACGAGUGUUCCAAUGGGCAGAAGCAACUUUCGAAUUGCCCAGAAUUUGCCCCGGGACAGAAGCUACAUUUCGACCCUGAACUUCAAAAUUGUACUUUCCCAUGGGAGGCAAAUUGCGCGUCAAGAGCUCCGGAUUGUUCAAUGGACGAAUUCAUACAACCUCAUCCCACCAACUGUAGUUUAUAUUACAAAUGCGAGAACGGGGAAAAAGUCUUAAAAACGUGUGACGAGAAACAGCUGUUUUGUUCCGAGUCUCUAGAAUGCGUAGACAAGGAUGCCGCCAAGUGUAAAGUUCACGAUUCAUGUCCAACAGGUAAAUUGUUGGAAGCUGUACUUCUCCCGCAUGAUUGCGAUUGCCAUCGUCAAUCGCUGUAUUAUGAAUGUGUCGAUGGACAAUACGCUGUAAGGCGGUGCCCAUCGGGUCAUGUAUUCGACGCUGAACGUAGACAAUGUGUGUCUAAUGUCCACUGUCCUGCAACCGGUAUUAAGAGAAUUUCUCAUGAUACGGAUUGUGGUUUGUAUUACGAAUGCGUGGAUGGUGUGAAAGUAGAGAAAGUUUGCGAAGAUGGAUUGUCUUUCGACGAAACCAAGGGUAUAUGUACUUGGCCUCCGAGACACGAGUGUUCAUCGAACUUUAAACAAACCGAUCCGGCUAUAUACUUUCUACCUCAUGUAGCGGAGAAAAAAGAUGACAUGGACUGUCCACCACAGGGAUAUACAUACUUAGCACACGAAUGUUCUUGCACCAAGUAUUACUCUUGCGAAGACGGAAAUAAGUAUCUGGGUAAAUGUCCUGAAGGCACGAUAUAUGAUUAUAUUAGAGAAGUUUGCGAUUUGCCGCAUGCCGCCAUAUGUAGGAACGAAAUAUAUACUAACGACACGUUCCUAAGUGAAAAUUGUCAUUUUUCAUCUGAUUGUCCAUCUGAAGGCCAUAAUCGCUAUCCUCAUGAAAGUGAUUGUACAUUAUUUUACGAUUGCUACAACGGUCGCAAAUGUCGUAUGUCGUGUUUCCAAGGGUACGUCUUCAAUCCACUAAUCGGCUCGUGCGAUCUACCUAGGAACGUUCCCAACUGCCACGAUUAUAUACCUACCCCUACGACUACGACAUGGCGCCCGCCUGCAACCACGUCUACGACAUGGCGCCCGCCUGCAACCACGUCUACGACAUGGCGCCCGACCGGUUGCCCGGAAGGAGAAAUAACGCAUCACGACUGUAACUGCAAUGCAUAUUACUUAUGUCGGAACGGACAAUACCAAUGGAUGAGAUGUCCCACAGGCCAAAGUUUUGAUUGUAUAAAGCGGCAAUGUAUGCCAGAAGGAAGUGCUCAUUGUUGCAAAUCAGAAAGCAACGAUUGUGACGGUACAUGUUCGUCAAGCAAUAGACUUUUGCCCCACAAGGAGUGCAACAAGUAUUGUACAUGCGAUAGUGGAACUACCACAGUUCGAAAUUGUCCCAGGCAUACGUAUUACGAUCGGUACAGACAAAUUUGCAACUGGCCAGAAGCCAUACAGAACGGUGACUUGCCGGCACAGUGUGAUCCUACCGACUGUAGUUUCGGUGAGAAUUAUGUUCCCCAUGAAUGUUAUUGUGACAGAUAUUAUAAAUGCUCAGGCAAUGGUAAAUUUCUUCAGAAUUGUAAAACUGGAGAAUACUUUGACUAUACAGAAGAAAAAUGCGUUGACAGUAAAUAUGCUCACUGUUAUGUAAAGAUUUGA